GCAAGGGCCCUUUGUGACACGCUGCAGCACGGUCACCGUGGCAUGGAAUGGUACUGGGUAUCCAAGGGCCUUUGUGACACGUGCAGACAUAGGAGCUGGAAGUGAUAAGAACACUCCAGAGUUCUCUGAGCACGCGACGGGACAGAGCGGUGCUGUGAGGAGCCCCCACACAGUGCACUCGUUCUUGUCUGACCCAGAGGUUUUCUGAGGCGUUGUUCCUGCAGCUGACCUCAAGGCCAGAGCACAGGACCUGGUGACCUGUGGCCUUCCGAGGCUUCUGUUCUGCAGGUGCCCUCGAGGGCAGAGCUUGGGACUUGGUGCCCUGGACCUUUUCCAAGGCCUCUGUCUUGCAACUAGCUCCAGUCACUGACAUGGAGCAGAGACCCCCGAGAGUACCCAAGAUGGCCUGGGUGGAGGAGGAGGAAGAAGGCUCUGGAGCUGCCACAGCAGAGCAGACAGAAGAGGUGGUGCCAUUCCAUCCACCACAGGAGGAUGCAGCCGUGGAGCGCACACAAGAGCAGCAAUCCAGCCGUGGCCGCUUCCGCAGAACAGCGCAGCUCGUUUGCAAAUUCAUCAAGAGGAUUCGGCAGGAAGAGACCAUCACCAGGGGAGCUGCGUACAGACCAUACUCGCCCAUCUUCCAAAGCAAGACCAGUGCUGCCCUGCUGUAUAUGCUUGUAGAGGAAGAUUGUUACCAUCCAAAGCAAGUGCCCGCCAUGGUGAGGUACAUCCACCAGUGGCUCCUGGCCAAUGAUUCCGCUGAGCACAGGCUGGACAAGACCCUGCUGAAUCUCACUGAAGCACUGACAAAUGACGCAGUCAUGACGCUCCUGCGUGUGGCCCCGUCCUGUGACAGAGCUGCCAUGGCCAUGUGGAAGACCAUCAUGGGCUCAAGCAGGACUGCAAAGCCAGUGCAGCUGACACUCCUGGAUGUGCUGGGGAACUGGCCAGUGUGUAGCACGUGCACCUCCGAUGGGGACAAAACGGGUGUCUUUGCCCUGGCUGUGAGUUUCUGCAAGCAACUCUGGUGA